UAAAUAAAAAACAUAUUUUAUACAAAAAACAAAAAAAUGGCAAGCAUUGAAACCAAAAACUCUACCGGAAAUGGUAAUUCAGCUUUAGUGGAAGCUAAAGACGCACAAAAUCUUUUGCCACACUUGGAGUGUUUGGAACGUAUUAUACAAUUGCCAGUGGUAGGAGCUGCCUGGGAUAAAUCUCAAGAUGUUUAUGGCAAAGUUAAAGGCAAUAACCGCGUCUUCAACUGGGCCCUUAAUGCUGCCGAAGAUUGUGUAUCACGUGCCGUCACCACAGCCGCUCCCAUUGUCUGCCGUUUAGAUGAUAAAAUUCAAUUUGUCGAUCAAACAUUAGUCAAAGGUAUCGAUAAAUUGGAAGUGACAGCACCCAUCAUUAAGAAUACACCACAGGAAAUCUAUGCUCAAGCCAAAAACAAAGUUAUCGAUGCCGUACAACCCACCAUUAAUCGUGUGAUCAAUUUUAAGGCAGCUGGAGAACAAAAAGCCGCCUCAUUAAAAGAUUUAGCCUGGCAAAAAGCCAAUGAAGUAUUGGCCACACAAUAUGGCAGUUUGGCUGUGAGUGGUGUGGAUACUACCACAGCCUUGGCUGAACGUUUGUUGGAAUACUAUUUCCCCAAAUCCGAGUCAGAGGAUGAAGAAGAUAAUGAUAAUAAGAAAAUUGCUGUCGUGCAAAAUGGCCAAAAUGGCAAACAUGCAGAAAGUGACAUUGAAGAAUGCGUAGAUCUUGAUUUAGAACUUGAUACUAGAUUUCUAGUAGCUGCUUCCACAGUAUUUCUAUCAAUGUCCCUGAAAAUUAUUACAGAAAUUGUUGAAUAUGUUAGAAGAAAUCCUGAAAUUAUCCAUAUUAUAGAUAGUCAAAUCAAUGAGUUUAUGUGCCAGUUCCCGCCAGCGAGGACCCAGUUUUACACACCGUCCAGACCGUUGGCAGACUCAAGAACAAGAUUUCCCGUCGCGUCUAUAGAAAUGUCUCCAGACAGAUCCGCAAAGUCCAAAAGGGCAAUGUCAACGACUAUUUAAGCUCCUUAAUAGCAGCCCUUAAAUUGCAUCAAUACAUUAAUUUCAUUAAUUCCUCCAUGGGUACAAAUGUUGAACAAUCAUCAGUGACUGAUAGUUCCUCCACAUCAGCAGCAGCAACCGCUUCAGCUUCGUCAUCAUCCUCAGCGGGGACUGCCAACAACUCAAAACCUGCCACAGCAACAGCGCCAAAGUAAAUUUAUUUAACUUUGUUUCUAUAUUUUUUAUUUCUUUUUUUUUUGUUUCCUUCAUUAAUUAAACAAAACAGAGCUGUUGUUUUGUGUUGAAAAAAAAACUGAAUUUAUUUAUAAAUUUAACAUUGUUGAAAUGAAAUCAGCAAAUUUUAGUUUUACAUCUUUCCUUGUAUCAUCCCUAAGAUUUUGCGCAACAACCCUGCUGAAAAUUUACACAUAGUUUACAUAACACGCGCCACUUUAUAUUAGAUUUUAAGUCAAAACUCUAUUGAAAACAACAUCCUAAAAAAACAAACAACUGAAUUAUAAAUGUUGUCCUAACAAGAAAACCAACAACUGUUUAAAAAUUUCGAAAUUCUUUUUAAGCAAAUUUUUAUUUAGAAUUUUUUAGAGUGUAUAUAUUUAUUAAACCCAAAAAAUUUGCUUAAAACUUUUUCUAUUAAUUCAUUUAUAUUAUGUGCAUUUUUAUUCCCUGCAAAAAGAAUUGCAAUUUUGCAUUCAAUAUUUAAUUAUUUUUCUAUUAUUUAAGUAUAAGCUUUAAUAAUGUAGUUUUUUUUCUUAGAAAUCAAAGCUUCAAAGUUGAACUUUAAGCUAAAACUGAAAUAUUAAGUUAAAAAAAAGAGAAUUAAUCAAAACUGUAUCAAAAUUAGUGAUGAAUAAUAAAAUAUUAUUAAUAUUAUUAUUAUUGUAUAUUUAACAUAUUUAAAUAUGAAUUCUUUAUAAUCAAUUAUUAUAAUUUUAUAAUACUUAUAAGUGAAAUAAAACAAAACACUGAACAAAAAAACCAAAAAACGAACAAUAA